AUUUCGGGUUGAACGGUCAGCUGGUUUCCGUCGCCGUCGUCGGAAACAUAAAAGCCGUUAGCUGAGCGCCAUCAGUUGCUGACAUGUCUAAUGAAAAAGAUUCCCUGAGGGGAGGCGAUGAAAAAAAAGAGGAGCCAGUCCUGCCCAUCACCGGCAGUGAGUACCCCCUGAAACGUGCGGAGGAGCAAGACUCGAUGAAUGUGGUGGUGGCGGUGGGGGCUGAUGGCUGCUCUAACCGCUUCAGCUUUGGGGAGGUACGCAUAGAUCCAGUCCUCCUACGGCUUGUGGCUGACGAAGAGAAAUGUCGCAGUAUCCGCAAACAGUACCGGCAGCUCAUGUAUAAUGUCCAGCAGCAACGUGAUGACAUAGUGAAUACGGCGAGUGAGUCGUUAACCGAAGCGCUUGAAGAAGCUAAUGUCUUGUUUGAUGAAGUGAGCCGAACAAGAGAAGCAGCCCUCGAUGCCCAGUUUCUUGUUUUGGCUUCUGAUUUGGGUAAAGAAAAAGCAAAGCAGUUAAACUGUGAUAUGAGCUUUUUUAAUCAAGGAGCGUUUCGUGACUAUCUGUGUAUAUUUGUGGGUCUAAAUUGGCUGGAAGAGGAACGUGAUGAGUUAGGUGAUUUUGAUGAUAGCAUAGCUCUUUCCUUCUGGGAGAAGGUACAGAAGGAAGCAACAUCCUGGACAUUGCGAGCUGAAACGUUCCACUUUAUUUUUGGGUCAUUCAAGUCAGAGCCUUCUGCACCAAAGCCACGACAACGGAAAAGAGUUUGCAGCAUGGAAGAAAAUGGCGAUAUGCCUACAAAGUUGAGGAAGAUGGACCUGAAUGGUAAUCAGGAAGCAACAGAAAAAGAAGUAGAGAGAAUCUUGGGAUUGUUGCAAACCUACUUUAGAAAGUAUCCUGAUUCUCCUGUGUCCUAUUUUGAGUUUGUGGUUGAUCCACACUCUUUUUCUCGCACUGUGGAGAAUAUAUUUUAUGUUUCUUUCAUCAUAAGGGAUGGUUUUGCAAGAAUAAGUCUUGACCAAGACAGGUUGCCAAUAUUAGAGCCAAUUAAUAAUAACCAAAUGGAUGAGGGAUAUGAUUCCAGUUCCCAUGGCAGGAGACAAGGAGUUAUAUCUUUGAGUUUACAGGACUGGAAAAAUAUUGUGGCGACUUUUGAAAUUUCAGAGGCUAUGAUCACAAACUUACAGUAAAGAUUUUUGUCCUUAGUAUAGGCUGCAUUUUGUGGUUUUUCUAGAGUUUCAAAAUGAAGAGUAAAAUUCAAACAUGCAUAUAUUGUGUCUCUUGUAAAGUGAAAAAAAGUUAUUUUCAAGAACAUCAGAAAUUGUUUUAUUUAAUGUAUUUUUCUUAGUUUAUAAAGUUGUUGUGAUCCAUUAUUAAAGAAAAUUCGCUAGUGUGUUCAUGGGAAAGUAUUUUCAAAUGCUCUUUGAGAUCAUAUUAACAAAAAUAAGUUCUGAAUUUCAUAAAUUAAAACAUUUGGUAGUGUAAAAUCCAUUUACGAUGCUGCAUGAUAUGUGCAUUGCUUCCUCUCACUGGGACCUAAGAGGACAUAGGGGCUUCUAACCAGGUUGGGGGAAGAAUGGGUUAGAAAAAUUGUUAGCCCAGACAUUGCAGGACAGUGAAUAUGCAGUGUUAGGACUGUAAAAAAAAAAAAA